AUGUUGGCCGAAUGGCACAGCUGCCGAAAACACCCUGGAAUCACUUGUCCAGAUGUGCAGGCCAUAAGAUUGGACCUUGAGAGAACUCAGCGACAGCUGCAAGAGACCAGGUCAAACUUGAAGAUUUAUGAUGAGGAAAAAUUACAGAGCUUGUCAGCGGAGGUCCAGCGCCAAGAGAACAUUUUGGCCGAAACUCGCAUGGAGUUGUGCGAGCAAGAAGACCUUGCAAGGUGCUGGAAUUUAGAGACCGCUGCAGCUGCCGGCCGUUUGGCCGCCAUCCGAGGGACUUCAGCUGCUCAAGCCAGGGCAGGCGUUGAGGAGGUGGCGGCACAGACCUGCUUGGCCGAAGGCUAUGAGGAGAGUUUGUCCCGCUACCGAGCUGAAGAAGCUCAACUUCAGAAGGCCGAGCUUAAUCUCAGGCCGCAUGCUGCAGCUCAAGAACAAGGUGACAUCGGUGACAUGGAACACCUGCUGCGAUCACGCGACCGUCUACGCUUGGAGAUCAAAGAACUGGAGGGUGCUCAGAGCACCAGAGGUGGAGCUGUCAGCAUUUUGGAGGAGAAGCUUCAGUUGGGCUUAGAGCAGGCUCUACAAGCACUUCAGCAAAGCCAUGCACGCUUGUCAAUGCUUGAAACUGAUGUGGAACAGAAGGGGAAGGCCCACAAGCUGGCGCAGAAACAGGAGGAGUUAGAUCGCUUGAUGCUCUCAGAGAUGAAGACUCAGUUGACACAAUGCAGAGAUGCCGAGCGCAAUAUUUUCCUUCAGGUGAGCCAAAGAUUGGGGGAUACCACUUCAAUCGAGGUUCAGGUCCACGAUGCCAUGGAGAACUUUCAAUUCGCCCAGAAGAAGAUUCAGGAGCUGGAAAAGCUCCGUAGCUCCUACGUGCAGCAGAGGGAUUUUGCUGCGUGUGUCGAGGCCGUCCAGGCGACCAAAGAGGAGCUGCGAAAGCUAGGUGAAGAAAAGUUGCAGAAGACCUCUCAGCUUGGAGGACUUCAGGCUGCUUUGGAGACACGUCGAGAGGAACUUAGCAAUAUGCUGCAGAAGCUACAAGACUGCCAAGCCGAAGGGGAAAGCACUCAGACAAAGCUGAAGAUCAAGACACACAUGAUUGGCGAUGCGGCGCUGCAGAUGGGCGAGCUUCGACAAUCUUUGUCAGAGGCAGGAAGGCUGAAGCAAGAGAAUGACCUUGCUUGGAGAGACAGACUUGCAGAGGCAACUGCGCGCGUGGAUGAGUACAUGGAACAGGCGGAUGCCCUCCAUGGCUUGAAUGAAGAACAACAAGAAGAAGCAGCCAAGCUGUGCCGGAUUGUCGAGGCCAAAGGAGAGCGGAACCACUUUGUCGAGUUGCAACUGGAUCAAGUGCAGCGACUUGCGGCGGACAAGAAGAGCAGUCUCGAGGCCAAAGCACAAGCAAUGCAACAGGAAAGCGCACAGAUCAUGAACGAGGCGCGCUGGGCUUCCUCAGAAAUGGAAGAGCGCUUUCGGCUUCAACGUGCUGAGCAGCUUGAAGAGGAACGACGAGCCAGGUCUCGUUUGCUCGUGCUGCAGCAGCAGCUCAGAGCAGCACCGCAAAACCUCGAGAAGCUAAGGCAACACCUGACACAGGAGCGCAUGACCUCGAAAGAACGUGUGCGCAGAUUGCUCGCCAAUUUCGAGACCCCAGCUUUGACAAGCGGGUGA